AUGGAGGAGAAGACUCGAUCGAACCCGUUUUCGAUUUCCAAUAUUUUGAACAACGGCAGCUCUAGAGAGAGUCACGGGAGAAAAGAGUUGGAGAUAGCGACUGAGACGGGAGGAACACAUGACAGACAGCGCGCUGAACUUACAAAUAAAGAAGGUUGUGAAACUCGCCGGCCUGAUGCAAGCCCUUCGCACCUAAAUAGAAGACUGGAGUACGACUUUGAUGACUGGAGCAGGGCGUCCGUUGAAGGUUAGUAACUCACAACAUGUGCGCUUCCGGUAAAUGGGUUGUAAGCGAAGUAACAGCACUAGUAAACGAGCCCUAUUUGGGAUCGAACGAGGGUCAUCUAAAACCCCGAUCUGCUGCGGAAAUUCAUGUGACAAUUCUCUUACAGAUUCAUUGGAUAAAGACGACCGAUCCUCAGAAGGUGACAAGAAAGAUAUCAAUAAGAAACGAAGGAAGAAGAAGACAAGAACGGUGUUCUCUCGAAGUCAAGUAUAUCAACUGGAGUCGACAUUUGAUAUAAAAAGGUAUCUUUCCUCUUCGGAACGAGCUGGUCUGGCCUCACAACUUCACCUAACGGAAACGCAAGUUAAAAUAUGGUUCCAGAACCGGCGGAACAAAUGGAAGAGACAACUCGCUGCCGAAAUGGAAGCAGCUAGUUUAGCUCAAGCGAGCCACCAAAGAAUGGUACGUGUUCCUAUUCUGUACAGGGAGCAAAGUCGUCCCAGUGAACUAUCAACACACGCUCCGUACUCGUUUUACCAUCCUUCAUAUCCGGGUUUAGCUCAGUAUUCACAGCACUAUUCACAAUUUCUUCCUCCUCAUCUAAGACCAUCGCCGAUGUCCUCUUUGCUAUAACAGGUCUGUUACCGGAAAGAAAGAACAAUGACAUAGACAUGGAAUGACUACUUUCUCUCCACAUCGAAACAAACCGCAGACUAAAGUGGAAAAAGUCUGACCUUCCACAAGGACACUUAAGAUUUUUCAUUUCAAAAUCUAGGCAAUGCUAUUUAUCUCAUAAAAAUCAUUUGUUUGAUACCCGGUCUUAAUAUCGUAACCCUAGAACAUCUCACGGGAAUACCUUUGCUAAGAGCGGAGAGCGCUUCGGCCGGAUAUAGUUGUCGUCACUUAGUAAGGAAAUUACAUCAAAAACUUGUAUUCCCUCAUUUAAUCUGGUUUUUGUUAAGCGUUUCGAAACUAAAAGGCUUGAACUGAAGGGUCUUAGUUGCAAAGCACCAUGGAGUGUUUACAGUUGUUAUUUACACCUAU